AUGUGUAGUCGCGGUGAUGACUGGAGUUUCGUGGUAGAAAAAGAAAGGCGUGGUCGAAUGGUAACAUUAGCAACUACUACUACGUUGAAGCAGCUCAAGAUAAUGGUGUGUGAGGAUUAUGGGGUGGACCAUAAUGCCAUUAAUGCCGAGUUCAGUUAUUCGUUGUUGAAUCAAAAAAGGAAUCCUCCAAUUAUUAUCACCAAUGAUCGGCAAGCAUCUAAUUUUGUGGGCUAUGCAAAGAGGGAAUCGUCUACUACCUUGUGUGUGAUGUUCUCUGUUUCUGGUGUAAAUCAAAAGGAACGAGUCAAUAUCGAUUUGAAUAAGGAGCCUUAUGAUUCAAGUAAUGUUGAGGAUGAAGAAGUUCCUGAGAUAAAUCGAGCAGAGUUUGUCAAGCCGUCAAAGGAGUCUUUUGUUAAAAGAACGAAUCAUGUCGCUGCGGAUGGUUGCGGUGCUUUAAGGAGUGAAAACAUUGAACUUUGUCAAAACAAUGGAGACAGUGAUAAGGAUGGUCGAGCUUGGAGAGGAGACUUCGUGAAGAAGGAUCAAAUUUUCACAAGUAAAGGGGUUCUGAAGGCAACAAUGGAAAUUUUGGCGAUGAAGAAUAAUUUCGAUUACACUGUUAUCAAAUCCACGAGAAAAUGGUGGUAUAUUCGAUGUAAGGAUGCAUUGUGCAACUGGACUGUGCGUGCAGAAGGAAUAGAUGGGUCUACAUAUUUCAUGAUCAACCAAUGUGAUGGAAGACAUUCAUGUGCUCCUUCAAAGAAAAGGAAAUUCGGAAAAACAGCAUCGGCAAGAACAAUUGGGACUCUGAUACAACAUCGAUUUGAUGAUGCAAACGAUGGCCCAAAACCGAAUGACAUCAUUCAAUUUAUGAGAAUGGAGCAUAGUUGUGAGAUUACUUAUUGGCACGCUUGGGAAGCUCGUGAGUUUGCUAUUGCAGCUGCUAGAGGUAUACCAGAUCGCAGUUACUCUAAAAUACCAGCAUAUUUGCAUAUGAUUAAAGAAGCAAAUCCUGGUACGCAUACUCACUACGAAACUAAUGAGAAGGGAAGAUUCAUGUAUCUAUUUAUGUCAUUUGGGCAAUCAGUUAGAGGAUUCUACAAUGCAAUGCGAAGGGUGAUUGUCGUUGACGGAACUUUUCUGAAAAAUAAAUACAAAGGGACACUUCUUGUUGCUACUGCUGUAGAUGGUAACUCUAAUUUGUAUCCGAUUGCAUUUGGGGUUGUUGAUUCAGAGAAUGACGAUUCAUGGGGGUGGUUCUUCAGACAGUUGAAAGUGGUUAUUGCUGAUUGUCAAGAUCUAGCUUUUGUCUCAGAUAGAAAUGCGUCUAUUUCUAAAGCUAUUGGGACUGUCUACCCUCGAUCAGCACAUGGAAUUUGCAUUCAUCACUUAUUGACCAAUGUGGUCUCAUUUUUCAAGACAAAAGGAUUGACUGCGUUGGUGGAAAAGGCUUCACGGGCAUAUAGGUAUGACAUUAGGACCACGAACCCUGCAGAGUCUAUAAAUUCAGUUCUUAGAAUACCUAGAGAAUAUCCGGUUAUUCCUUUGCUUGAUAGUAUAAGAGAACUGUUGACUCGAUGGUUCUAUGAGCGUCGCUUGUUAAGCUCAAAGCAUCUAGAUCCUUUAACCGCUAAGGUGGAGAGAAAGAUUGAUAGGAGAAUUGUGAAGGCAAAAGGAUUCCAGGUUUACAAGGUUGACAACUUCAGAUCGGUUGUAAAAGGAGACAUAUAUGAUUGUCAUGUUGAUUUGGAAAGAAGAACAUGCACAUGUGGUAUGGAAGUGCACAGAUUCACUGACGCCUUAUACAGCACUGCAGCGUGGAGAACCGCCUAUGCAGAUUCCAUUAAUCCAAUAGCAGUUCUAGAGUCUGAAUGGAAUGUCCCUGCUGAGGUUAAACUUGCAAAGGUUUUACCACCAAAGACAAGAAAGAGUGCUGGUCGACCAGUAAAGAGAAGGUAUGAAUCAGUAGAAGACAAGAUCGCAUCUUCUCAAGGAUCAAGGAAGAAUAAAAAGCAUAAGUGCAGCCGUUGUGGAACUGAAGGACACAAGAGAGGAACAUGCGAUUUACCCAUCUAG